AGACAUUUUCGAGUUGAUUUGGUUUAUAGAAUCCUGUGGAAAGGGAUUGUCGUGUGCUGAAUUGGAGAUCGCCAGUUGAGGCCAGAUGCACAGACGAUGUCUAAGAGUUGAUGAUGCCAAGCCGGGGGAGCUUGACGAGGAGUGGAGCGUCCAUGUCAACUUCACGAAUUUAUGUCCGCUUGAUUAGACCAUCUCCUUUUACCUCACCUUAUCGGAGCGAGUAUAUUCUGUAGCAUCAGCGUCAGAGCCACUACAGAAUAUCAAGAUGGCGCAGCCAGUGGUGCAGACAAUCCAUCGAGAUCCGUCUCUCUUCUACUGGAUCCUCGUUCCUAUCACCGUAGUCAUGAUCCUCACCGGCAUCCUCCGCCACUACGCAAUGAUCCUCCUCCAAUCCGCCCCGAAGAAACAAGGCGUCAAGGACAUCCGCCAGACGCGCAGUCUGAUGCGCGGCGUGAACCUUCGCAACAACGCAUCCGUUCUCACGCGCCCGAGCUUCGAGUCACGGAAGAACUACCUCGUCCCCGCGUAUCAGGACGGCACCUUCCUCGCUGAGCCGGAGAAGCGAGGGCAGCCGCGCGCAAAUCCGAUGAGCGAUCCGGCGGCGAUGGAAGGGAUGAUGGGCAUGAUGAAAAAUCAGGUGGUGAUGAUGGUGCCGCAGACGUUGAUCAUGGGGUGGAUUAAUGCGUUCUUCUCUGGAUUUGUGAUCCUGAAGCUUCCUUUCCCGCUCACGCCGCAGUUCAAGUCAAUGCUGCAGUCGGGGGUUGGAACGCGUGACUUGGAUGUGAGAUGGGUAUCAAGUUUAUCAUUCUAUUUCCUUUGCUUGUUUGGCUUGCAACCGGUCUACAAUUUCAUCCUUGGGAGCAACAACUCGGCCAGUCAAGUCAGCCAGCAAAUGGCGCAAAUGAACCCAGGAGCUGGCAUAACAGCCAUGGACCCCAAUCAAGACCCCGAUAAGCUCUUCUUGAGUGAGGCGGAGAACCUCGAGGUUACGGAGCUACGGUCGAUUCUCGAGGGGAUCGAAGGGCGGAUCUUGGAGCAACUAAGGUGAGGCAGUUGGUAGGACAUUGUUGUACACUCAUGCGCCAUUUGAGUGUGAACUUUGUCGUCGAUGCGAACUACUUUUAGUUCUCUGAUACGAGGGGCUGAAGCGCCGCUACCUUCUGCCAGCGAAGCAGUACAAUUCAUCAGACGGUGUUAUUGCCAUACAA